UAAUAAGGGAAGCACUUGUGGAAGACGGCGACAGACAACGCUUCCAUGUAGAUUCCUCGUUGACUGUUAGAACAUGAAUAUGCAUGGCCUAUAUAUUUCGGCCUAGCUUGAGAAUGAAGACGUGGAACCAAUUCGUAUAAAAAAGAAGACCGGAGAAGAUGAUGGGUGAGGGGAGCCAGGGGCGGACCGUGGGCUGGGCCGGGGUUGGCUCCAGCCCGGGUCAAAAUUUUGUAGUCCAUUGAGUAUAUAUAUGUGUUAAAUAGCCCAGCCCAGGUGGAAAUAAAAUGUAGCCCUGUUAUACUUAUAACCCAGCCCAUAUAUGAUAUAUCCAGCCCAUAUGAACAAACUUAAUCAAACUAAAACACAGCCCAUCCCUUUAAACAAAUUCAAGGCUUACGAUUGAAUUAAAAAUUUUAAAACUAAACCCCCUGCAACUUAAAAAUUUUAAAACUAAACCCCCUGCAACUGUACUUCACGUCUUCACCUCACUGAAAUUAGGUCACUCGCUCAGCUCACUCGCUUUCCAGUCUCGGCUCUCCGUCUCUUCAUCAAUUAUGAGUCAAGAUCGAAAAAGAAAGACAUUAUUCUCCUAUUUUCCCACUUCUAGUGCUACACCGGCUCCGACUCCGACUCCUUUUGAAUAUCCCCGGUAGGUUUAGAAUCCUGGGUCCGCCCCUGAGGGGAGCUACAUGGCGCCAGAAGCGCCUGUGGUGGGGAACCAGUUCAUGGCUCCAUGCUCAGUUGAUCUAACAAUUGUGCCCAAGAUGAUGACUAUUUCAGCAUGUACCUUUGUUGUCAUGGAUGCUAAUGAUAACAUCGUCUUCAAAGUCGGCAAAUUCAUGAGCCCUCUUGCUCCCCGUAUUUUGCUUGAUGCUGCUGCUACUCCCAUUGUAUCAUUCCACAAAAAGUCCAUGAGUCUGCAUAGUACAAGGAAAGUAUACAGAGGAGAUAGCAAGGACUCGAGAGAUUUACUUUUCACCGUAAAGAAGUCAUUAUUCAACACUACCCUGAAUGUCUUCUUGGCAUCUAAUACUAAGAAAGAGCACUGUGACUUCAAAAUCAGAGGCAACUGGUCUGAGAAAUCAUGUACCAUUUAUUCCGGAACAUCUUCUAACGUCAUAGCCCAGAUGCAUCGGAGGCAUAGACUUGGUAGAACUGCGCUUGGAAAUGACCAAUUUGUAGUGACUGUGUUCCCGCAUGUUGAUUAUGCUUUCAUCAUCACCCUCAUUGUGAUUCUGGAAGAAAUCAGUGAACAAGGCCAAAUGAUUGGCCGCGCUGCUGGCUAAUUACUUUAUGAUAUGUUUCCAACACAUAUAUGCUGUACUUGUACUUCCCUUUCUGGGCUUAUUAGAUGAUAGUAUUCCCUUUCACUUGAAAGCAUAUAUCCAGUACUCAGUAGUAGUAACUGCUGUUACACAUCUUACAUUU